UCAUUUAUAAGACUAGUUGUUGUCAGGCAACAGUAGCCACCACCACCACCACCACACACACACCAUGUCCGCUCCCAAGACCAUCAACCGCCGGGCGUCCGUCUCGGCGUCCGAGCCCAUCAGGAACAUUCCCAUCCCCACCAACCCCCGCGGCGUCCCCGAGUCGGCGUUCAGCACGUCGCCCACGGCCAACACGGGCGCGCUCUCCACCUCGCCCCGCCUCGCGACCUCGCCGUCGGCGUCGCUCGGCUCGUCGUUCGCCGACCGCCACCAGCGCAACGUCCGCACCCUCCACGCCUACCUCCCCAACUCGUUCCCCGUGCCCGAGGAGGACGAGGGCGUGGCCACGCCUACGCGCCAGGGCAAGGUCAAGCUCCUCCUCGUUGAGAACAUCUCGCUCGACGCCGCCAACUUUUUGAAGAAGCAGGGCUACGAGGUCGACCACCUCACCAAGGCCCUCUCCGAGGCCGAGCUCAUCGCCAAGCUCCCCGAGUACCACGCCAUCGGUAUCCGCUCCAAGACCAAGAUCACCGCCAAGGUGAUCGACUCGUGCCCCAACCUCCUCGCCAUCGGCUGCUUCUGCAUCGGCACCAACCAGGUCGACCUGACGCACGCGGCCAAGCGCGGCAUUGUCGUCUUCAACUCGCCCUUCUCCAACUCGCGCUCGGUCGCCGAGCUCGUCAUUGGCGAGAUCAUCUCGCUGUCCCGCCAGCUCAUCGACCGUGCGUCCGAGCUGCGCGCCGGUAUCUGGAACAAGGUGUCCAAGGGCUGCUGGGAGAUCCGCGGCAAGACGCUCGGCAUUGUCGGCUACGGCCACAUUGGCUCGCAGCUGUCGGUCCUCGCCGAGUCGUUCGGCAUGAGCGUCAUCUACUACGACGUCCUGCCCAUCAUGCCCCUCGGUACCGCGCGCCAGGUCGACACGCUCGACGAGCUCCUCAACAACGCCGACUUUGUCUCGCUCCACGUGCCCGAGAUCCCCGACACGAUUGGCAUGAUCGGCGCUGAGCAGUUUGCGCAGAUGAAGGACGGCGCCUUCUUCAUCAACAACGCCCGUGGCAAGGUCGUCGACCUCGCCGCGCUCGCCGACGCCAUCGAGAGCAAGAAGCUCGCCGGUGCCGCCGUCGACGUCUUCCCCCGCGAGCCCGGAUCCAACGGCCCCGGUUUCAACGAGGACCUCGGCGAGUUCAUCCCCCGCCUCCGCCUGCUCCCCAACCUCAUCAUGACGCCCCACAUUGGUGGCUCGACCGAGGAGGCCCAGCGCGCCAUCGGCUCCGAGGUCGCCACGGCCCUCACCCGCUACCUCAACUUUGGCACCUCGCUCGGCUCGGUCAACUUCCCCGAGGUCGACCUCCGCGCCAUCUCGAUCGACGACGAGCGCCACAUCCGCGUCUGCCACGUCCACAGGAACGAGCCCGGUGUCCUCCGCGCCAUCAACGCCAUCCUCGGCUCGCACAACAUUGAGAAGCAGUUCUCCGACUCCAAGGGCGACAUUGCCUACCUCAUGGCCGACAUUUCCGGCGUCGGUAUCGAGGAGGUCAAGGACAUUUACGAGGCAAUCAAGGGCACGCGCGCAAACAUCCUUACCCGCCUGCUCUACUAGACGAGCCCAUCAACCGGGCAUACCUUGUAAAUGUAGUCGCUACCUGUCAUCUAUAGUGUUCCACCACUGCGUCGCCUCUGCGGCUGCAACCCCCAACCCAACCAUCAUAAAACAAAAACGUCAUUGUCUAGAAUAGAGAGCGUGCGACCAACACGGUCUCAUGCAUACUACUGGGAUCUUAUGGACACGGAGCGGUGCGCCAAAUGCUCAAACAAACACUCUACAACCUGGCAAAAAGAUGGGGGGAUCGUCUACGCUCUCGUCAUUGUUCUACCUGCCUUCUAUUCUACGGCGCCGGCGGCUCUGGCGUCGUCGUCGUGGUCGUGGUCGUCGUCUUCUCCUCCUCCUGGUGCGUUACUGGGGUCGGCUCAUCCUGUUGCACGAGCGCAAGCCGCGCCAUUAACCCGUCGACGACUGGGGAAAGGGGGGACGGAAACUGGCCCGCCGGCGAGCCCGAGCCUUCACUCGCCACGCGACCCCGUCCACUGCCUCGAAACGCCGUGUCCUCGUGCUCAACAUCAAACGCGCCGAGGCUGCUCGGCGCGGUACGGCGUGUGCCUCCGCCGUGCCCGUUCCCAUUGCCCGCAGGCUGCUGCAGUGGUGCCGCUCCGCUGAGAGUGAACCCGCUCACGAGCGCGUUACUCGCCAGUCGUCGCGGGAAAGUGUACCCGCCCGAGCCGUUCGACCCACCCGUUGCACCAGUACCGUCGUCGUCGAG